AUGUGCCAGGAUAAACGAACCAACACUUCCAUUGGAAGGUUUGCAGUUGAUCUGCACACGUUCCCACGUGAUCAGACGAUACAAAAAUGGUAUAAUUUGGAGGAAUCAUCAAGCGCGUUACUUUUACUGAUCACCGUCUCCGGCAGCCAUUCAAAGGAUACUGUUGUCGAUUUAUCGGAGUUCAACCAUAACGAUGUGCGAAAUUCCAUCGUCGAAAAAUAUGAUCUCCUGCAUACUUUCGACGACAUAAAGGACGUUGGAGAGCUCACCGUUAAAGUGUUCCGAGCCGAAGAUCUCAUAGCGAAGGACCUCGGUGGUAAGAGUGAUCCGUUCGCUGUUCUCGAGCUGGUGAACACACGAUUACAGACGCAUACCGAGUACAAGACAUUGAAUCCCCAAUGGAAUAAACUUUUUACAUUCGGUGUAAAAGAUAUCCAUACAUGUUUGGAGGUUACUGUCUACGAUGAGGACCCCAACAAUAAGUUUGAGUUCCUUGGCAAAGUCUCCAUCCCCCUAAUGUCG